AUGGAAACCACUGACUCUCUCGGCGUUGCCCCCUCCCCCUUCUUUCCCCCAAACAACAACCCCACCCCCCACUUCUCCACCCCCGAGGAGCUGGAGCGGCACAGGCUCCGGGGGAAGCCGCCUGCACUCGCCGCGGCGGCGGCUUCGGCAGCGCCCAGGGCUGUGCCCCGCCGGACCCAGAUGCCCCGGGAAGCCGACAGUCCGGCUGCCCGCCGGAGCUCACAGGCGGCGGCGGCGGCGGCGGCGGCGGCGGCGGCAGCGGCGGUGGCGGCGGCGGUGGCGCUUGGCAGUUCUACGUUUCCAUGAUCCUAAAUAAACCUGCAUGAUGGAUGGA